UGUGACGUCACCGAAUUUACCGGAACCAUUGAAGCAAGUAGUUUCACAACGGAAGAGUAAUGCUGCUGCACCGUCCUCCACCAAAAGACCUACCGGCUUACGUUUAAGGUGUCGGAUACAACAUGCUGAAGACGGUGCUGUCUUGACGUUUUAACUUCCAAGGGUCCGAUAAUCUCAAACAUGCUGUCAGGACGUGUUGCUGCUGCCUGCCACUCUCUGAAGUGGACAUUAGCUCACAGCAAAGCCAAUCUACACAGAACGUACAGCCCAUCAAGGCCAUGGCCAUUGGGAGCUGUGGCUCAAAGGGGGGCUCAUCGAUGGACUACAGCGCCGUCAUCGAGGAUAAACCACACGCCGGUGUUUAACAAAGCGCCAGCAUUUGGCGACAGGCUUGCAAUCGUAGACGGCAGUGGCGGCCACAGCUACAAGCAGCUGUACAGCAGCAGCUUGCUUCUUGCCCAUAGGAUCAGCACCGCCCUCCAGUCUGACUUUGGAAGCCUGGAAGGAAAACGAAUAUCCUUCCUGUGUGCCAAUGAUGCUUCCUAUACAGUGGCACAGUGGGCCACUUGGAUGAGUGGUGGGACGGCAGUGCCCCUCUACCGAAAUCACCCUGAAUCGGAGCUGGAGUACAUCAUCUGCGACUCCCAGAGUUCACUGCUGGUGGCGGGGCAUCCCUAUGCCGAAACGCUUGAGCCACUGGCACAGAGGCUGGGGCUGCCUUGUCUUACGCUGCCCUCUACUUCUAACCUGGCCUCUCCAGAAGUGGCCGACCGCAUAGAGAAGGAGACGAGUGUCAUAGACUGGGCCGAUCGACCAGCCAUGAUCAUCUACACCAGUGGUACCACAGGGAGACCCAAGGGAGCUCUACAUACACACAGCAGCCUCCACGCCAUGGUCCAGUGUCUGGUUUCAGAGUGGGCGUGGUCCAGGGAUGACGUCAUCCUCCACACCUUGCCGCUCCACCAUGUGCAUGGCGUGGUUAACAAGCUGCUGUGCCCGCUCUGGGUGGGCGCCACCUGCGUCAUGCUGCCUGAAUUCCAGCCGCAGAAGGUGUGGGAGAUGCUGUUGAACUCCAAAGAGCCCGUGGUUAACGUGUUCAUGGCCGUGCCAACCAUCUACUCUAAGCUGAUCCAGUACUACGAUCAGCACUUCACUCAGCCUCACGUCAAGGACUUUGUCAAAGCAGUCUGCAAAGAGAGGAUCAGGCUGAUGGUUUCGGGCUCUGCUGCUCUCCCUCUUCCCACUCUGCAGCGCUGGGAGGAGAUUACAGGACACACGCUGCUGGAGCGUUACGGCAUGACCGAGAUCGGCAUGGCCCUCUCCAAUCCUCUGAAGGGCCCACGCGUCCCAGGAGCCGUAGGGUUGCCCCUUCCCAGUGUUGAAGUCCGGAUUGUGAUGAAUAACACAACAAUUGUUGAGGGAAAUCACCGCGAGACUAAGGUACAUCAAGGUCUGGAAGGGAAAAACGGGGAGCUCCUAGUUCGAGGUCCGUCUGUCUUCAAGGAGUACUGGAACAAACCUCAGGAAACCACAGAGUCUUUCACUGAUGACGGCUGGUUCAAAACAGGAGAUACCGCAGUCUACAAAGACGGUGUGUAUUGGAUCAUGGGCCGCACCAGCGUUGACAUCAUCAAGAGUGGUGGCUAUAAGAUCAGUGCACUCGAGGUGGAGCGUCACCUACUGGCCCAUCCGGACAUCAUAGAUGUGGCCGUGAUCGGGGCUCCGGAUGCCACUUGGGGUCAAAAGGUCACUGCAGUGGUGCAGCUAAAGUAUGGGCAGACUAUGACCCUUCCAGAGCUGAAGACCUGGGCAAGGGAGCACAUGGCACCCUACACCAUCCCCACAGGCCUGGUGCUGGUGGAGAAGAUGCCAAGGAAUCAGAUGGGCAAGGUCAACAAGAAGGACCUGCUGCGCCACUUGUUCCCAUGACUGGCAACUUCAGAUCUACGCCUCGUCCCAGCUCGAUCAAAUACAGGGGAAACGCAGUAAUGGAAAAAAAAUGAUGUUAUGUUGAGCAUUGUUUAGCGCUUAUUGCAUAAUUUAGUUCUGGAAAUCAUCCCUUUGACAUGUGAUUUUUUGAGACAAUAUGAGCGAGAACUCUGCCGAGAGGACACAAAAUGUGAUCCCAACUAAUCAAAAUCAUCUGAAAUGGCCUCAAAAUUAAAUGUUGGUGGUUCAAAUUUAAAACCAAUGUGGAUGUGACAGACAUAUCGUCAUAAGAUGAUGUACGUCAUGUACUGUUAAUUGUUAUGCAACUUAAAUUGACCCAUUUUUGUAGGGUUUGUAAUUGUAAUAAUGUCGCACAGUGCUGCAUGAAUCAAAGUAGGUUGAGCACACUAGAGACAUGACAAAAGUUGAAAUAAAUCAUGGAAAUGGUUAUGCAGUCUUUAUGGACACUACAAAGGAAAUAGAUGGUAGUAAGACCGUUCUUGGAAAGCAAAAUAAUAAGUAUAAGAGGGAAAAAAAAAUGUUUUCUUUAGUUUGACUUGAUUUCCUGUGUACUAACCACCUUAUCCAUGUUAGAUACUAAUAUGACAACGAUCUAAGUACUAAUAAUUAGUAUGAUGCAUUUGCCCUCUGCUAUCUUUCUACAAGGCAUCAUGCUUAAACAUUGAAAGAACUAUAGUACUCUCCUAAAGGAGGAAUAAGUAGCUCUCAACGGGACUCAGAGAUGUCUCGUUCUUAUUUAAAUAUUCCACACACAAGAACGGUAGCAUUUUGGAUUUCAAACAUUCACAUGGAAAUUUAAAAUGCGCUUUUGUGUAAGGGACAUUAUAAGUGUAGUGUAAAACACUUGAUAUACCUCACCACACAAUGUGGCCCACACCUCAAUGACUUUUCUUGACAUAUAGAUUAGACUAAUGGAUCAGAUUGUACGCCGAUAUCCAUUUCAGUUGGAGCGAUGUGUCUUUUCUAUCAACUAGAUGUUCAACUGUUCUGAAGAAAAAUACUAAAACACAGUGCUAUUGGUGAAGAACUUCUAUUGGCUUAUUCUGAUGUCACUGGUGGAAGUGGUUUGAAGCGAGAAUACUAAUGAACACAUUUUGUCACCAGAAUUGAGAAGCAUGCUCAAUCGAAAUGAACUCUGAAAUGUGAUCAGUGAGAAAACACUGUUGAUCUGAGUAUUAUACACACACACUGGGGAACUUAAAAUAACAACUUUUUGCUGAAAAGUAGACCAAUUAAAAAAAGAACUAGUGUUAUUUUUGUUUGUUACUUUUUCAAGAACUACCGUGGAGUCGCACUUGUUUUUGCUGUGCUUUUUUGUUUGUGUGUGUGUGUGUGUGUGUGUGUGCACGUGGUCCCACAGGUGUGAUGAGAGCCCAGAGGUGGAUUUCUCUAGCAAGGCACAACACCACAGCUGGAUGCCCUGCACUGCAUCUGACUUACCCUCUCGCUCUUCUCACCUCUCAUCGCCAUUUCUCCAACACUUCACCUCUUCUGUCUUCAUCACAAGCCAAAACAGAUUGCAGCAGCACCACGACCAACUUGACUGUGAAGACGUCUCUUUGAAUGAGCCCUGGCACGCCGCCAGAGGGGGCAGAGCGUGUGCGAGGAGAUAAGAAAAGCCACAGAGGAGCAAACGCACGCAGCAGAACCCUGAGAGAAAUUGAAGCCUUAACCAAAGCGAGCUUUAAGAAAGUUGAUAGAAGAGAGAUGGACGACAGAAGUAAAGAUGUUGAAGAAAGUCGGCGUAGGGUUUUAAGCGAGGUGACACCCAAAGGACUUGCAGAUGAAGCCUGAAAGCGCCAAAAUACGGUUGAGAUAAACAGUCGUGAUGACCGGCCAGAGAGCCGGAGAUGGAGAGAAACACAAGUGUAACCUCCAGACGAUACGACCCGUUCUCACACACACACACACACACACACACCCACACGUGUCCGCCCACAGUCACCAGAGACCUGAUUAAGAGAGCACAGCUAUCGAUCUGUGGGCUGGCAGGCUACGAUGGAUGAGCAGGCAGAGCUGCAAGAGCACCAGAGGACGGCUUCA